AGCCGUUAGGAUCCAUCCAACCGUAAUUCACUCGACCACCAUCACCGGAUCAUGGCACCUGAGUCUGCACAAAAACCACCUAGCAAACUCCGAUGGGGCGAACUCGACGACGAUGACGGUGAGGGUCUGGACUUCCUACUCCCUCCUCGGCAGGUGAUCGGGCCCGAUGGCAAUGGGAUCAAGAAGGUGAUCGAGUACAAAUUCAAUGAUGAUGGUAAUAAGGUCAAGAUCACCACCACCACACGUGUCCGGAAGCUCGCUAAGGCCCGGUUUAGCAAGCGGGCCAUCGAGAGGCGCGGUUGGGCCAAGUUUGGUGAUGCGGUUCAUGAGGACGUUGGUUCUAGGCUCACCAUGGUUUCCACUGAAGAGAUCUUGCUUGAACGACCCAGGGCUCCUGGUUCGAAAGGAGAAGAAAAGGCUGCAGGAGACGCAUUAGGACAGCUAGGAAAAGGAGGUGCAGUUCUUAUGGUAUGCAGAACUUGUGGAAAAAAAGGUGACCACUGGACGUCUAGGUGUCCUUACAAGGAUCUUGCCCCAUCAACCGACUCCUUCGUGGAUAAACCACCUGGUUCGGACCAAGUUACACCUUCAGGGUCAACAAAGGGCGCAUACGUUCCACCAAGCAUGAGAGCAGGUGUAGAGAGGCCUGCUGGUUCAGAUAUGAGGCGUAGGAACGAGGAGAACUCAGUUCGCGUUACUAACUUAUCUGAAGACACUCGCGAGCCUGAUUUGCUAGAGCUUUUUAGAACUUUUGGACCUGUGAGCCGUGUUUAUGUAGCCAUUGACCAGAAGACGGGUGUGAGCCGUGGGUUUGGGUUUGUCAACUUUGUGAACAAGGAAGACGCCGAAAGGGCUAUUAUGAAGUUAAAUGGUUACGGGUAUGAUAAUCUUAUUCUUCGAGUCGAGUGGGCUACACCAAGGGCUAACUAAAAUCCCUUUAUAUGAAACCACCAAUUUAUAUAUUUUUUUAUCUUCCUUGAAAAUUUCUUUUGUUUAAUAAAGUUUAAAUCUUAAAUCAGA